AUGGAUAAUCAUCUACACCUGAGUAAACAGAUAGAUGAGUGUCCUCAUGGAGAAACGAGGGAAGACAGUCUCCUCAACAUGUUGACUGAUACUAUCCGGGGGCUUGAAGCUGUCACAUUCUCCACAGAUCAUUAUAAUGGACCAGUGGGUGGAAGGAGAUGCAUAGGAGAGGAGACAGAGACAGAGAUUGAAGAAGGGAUGCACAGUCCAGCAGAGACAGUGACAGAGAGUGAAGGGAUGGAGAGAGGAAAGAGUGCUGAUGAAGAACAGCAGGAGAAAGAGUGCAAGAAGAAAGCUCUGGGAGUGCUGAGGGAGGUGAGUGUUUUUCAUUCAAACAGAGUGACAGCAUGGAGAGAAGCUCUCAGAGACUGUGCCUGCAUCCUCAACAAAACUCCACCAGGGGGUGCCAAUCAGCAACACCAGACUACAACAGAUAAUGCAGAAAGUAAAGACAUGCUUUGCUCAGAUUCCUUCAGUAAUACAUUUUGGAGUAUUGGGGAGGACCUAGAGAACAUUCUGGACAAACUGAACAUAGUCAUAACCAAGCUGGAUGCAGAAAUCCUCAAAAUAUGUUCAGAAGAGACUCUGGAUGUAGCGCCUCAGGAAAGCAAAGAUCCAGAAGGUGACAAAAAUGACGAAUGCGGCUCAGGGCAUGAACAGGGGUUUGAAGAUGGAGGUGAUCAAAGCCUGACAAGGCUUUCACCAGACACUGACCUGACAUCAGCUAUAAACUUUGAAAGUCUUGCCUGCAAUGAUGGAGCAAAUAGUGGGCAUGGGCAAGAGGUCAAAGGUCAAGAGAGUGAUAACGUUUUGGUAGAGACUCACGCCGAUUUCCUGGAGAAGACAAAGAAAAACACAAAGAGGACAGAUGACAAGUGCAAAGAGGAGACAAACAAUGAAUGGAUCACAGUUGGGCUCGCUGGCCACUUUGAGGAUGACCAAUCAGAUGUACAAGACGCAUGCUUUAUCCGAGCACCUAUGAGUGUCACUGAAGUCCUGAGGUGUGAUGUAGCUGACAACUUGAGCUGCCUGAUGGUGACCGGCUCUGAGGAGCUAGUCAGCAGAGUGGUCAGGGUCAAGGUUCAAAAUGGUGCCAGCGUCCACUUCCCCGUGACUGUGGUUGUGCCCUUUUGCACACGUUACCGUGGCAGCUACAGGGAUGUCGCCGUCAAGGUAGUGGAUGGGGCGAGGAGGGCGAGCUACAUCACUCCUGUGACAACAGAGGGCACAUAUGGAGGGCAGAGGGGCUCAUUUGCAGAGGUGAAGGUGUACUUCCUGGGCCUGUUUGCAGUCAUUUCCUGUCUGAAAAGAGACAGUUACACAGUUCCCAGUCGGGGUUUGUCACAUAAACUACCUAUGGAUCCUCGCAUCUGCCUUAACUACCUCCCAGGAUCUUUCACUACUCCUGUAAUGGUACAGUCCAUGAUCCAGCCGGUAGAUGCUGUCCUCCUGGCUGCAGUCAAGUCCAGAAGUGAUUCCUAUCAAUCAGUGGUGUCUACUAGCCCGCUGCUCUACCUCACCCACCCGUCCUCACAACCACUUAAAAGACCCCUCACACUCACCCUUCCCUGUCCACCAAACCCUGAGAAGAAGAGGGACACCAGAGGACAAAGGAAGGAGACAGAGCAUCACCACACCUGGCCUGUCAGUGCUGAUAUUCUGUUUUUAAUAUUUUUUGUCAGGAUGCUGGGCUCUUCUGUGCAGUCCUCUAAAGAUAUGUCCACUGAGCUGCUGAUUGUUCUGGGCUCAAGUGACAAACAGUGGAGCGUCCUGGAGAAAGUCACCAUCAGGAAUCAGCAGAAUGGACUGGUGUCCUUUGAGCUGACAGAAAUGUUUGACAGGCUAUUGGUAGUCCGUCUCCUCUCCCCCCUGCAGCCUUGCCAUCUCACUUCCCUGGCACAGGAGCUGGAGGAGUCAGUCUGCUGCCACGCCGUCACCGUCGUCCUCUGGCGCCGACAAGAUGAGCCCCAUGCUGUCUUGGUGGCCGCCCUGCCCAGCAGAGACCUCAGCUGGGAGAUGUCCAAACUGCAGGCGGAGGGCUACAGCGACCUUCUGGAAACCUCAUCAGAGAUCUGCAUGCGUGAAGGAGACCAGCUUCUCAUUUGUUUUAGUGGAAACAUCACUGCAACAGGAACUCAAACCAACCAACCAGUCCUAAGCCAGCGCAUCACCUUUCACAGCCAACGGAAGAAUCACCUCUUCUUUCAUCUGACUGAAGUGGAUCCGUUUGGCAACUACAGCUCCCCUCACUACAAGGGCACGGCCAUAUUUUUCAAGGUCACCAGAAGUCAGCUUGAGUGGCUAGGUGACGUAGCUGUUCCAAUGGACACGAAACUUCUGGGGGAUCCCGUCUGUAAGCUGUCUCUGACUUUACCCAAGAAAGUGAGAAGCAUUAAUCGGCCCAUUGUGGCGAGAGUUAAGUUGUGUGAGGAAACAGAUUCCCUGUCAGACUCUCUUCUUCUAUGGCUGUCCGGAAAGCUUUCGGAGGAAGAAAUAGCUCUGCUGGUGCUCUCCCUACGACUUCGACGCAGCGCCACCCAGCUGGUGAAGCUCCGGGCUGGGGACAGCCUGUCUGCCCAGGCCUUCCAUGUCUUGGCCAUGUGGAGGAGGGGGCUGCCUGCUGCCUCACACCAACCCAAGGCCUCUCAGCUGGCCCACUGCUUGGCCAAGAGCGGCAGGCCUGAUCUGGCCAGAGAGCUGCUGCUACGACAGGCUGAAACCACCACACAGGGCUUUCAGAAAUAA